UAAUAUGCACUAAGGCACUUCGGCUCAGAGUGUUGCUCUCUGUAUGGCCUGGUUGCCUUUCUCUGUGCACUCUUCAACACAUUCACAGAACAUGUUGCGGCAUGGUACUUGCUUGCGAGCAACAUUGAUGCCGCAUCAGCCAUGGCAAUGGCAGAACAGCAUGGUCAUGUUAUGUCUGGUGCCUACCAAGAAGCCUAUAGCAGUGCGGCGCUGAACUCAUGGCACCCUGAUCCUAACGCAUUGUCAAAGCUAACCAUGUCACUCCUGCAAAUGGAAUUGGUUGAGUCUUUGUGGAAUGGCCAUGCACUCUCAAAUAGUGAAGUUGGGCAGCUCCGCAUGGCUCUGUCGGCAUUGUUUGAGGUGCAGGUCUCACGGCUGGACCAGGCAGAAAUCCUAUCUGUGAACCAGAAAAGAUUCAUAACAGACAUCAGAAAGAAGUUUCAGGUUGACCAAGAGUUCUUUGCCAGCAAGGCCAAUGCUGCAUUGAACAACUAUUCCAAGAAAACCGGGGGGGACUUCGAAAUUCAUGUUAUUUGUGGUGUGAAUCCUUAUGUAAGCAAAGGCGCAAGGUCACGUAUCAACUUUUGGGCAACACCCAAGCGAUCAAAUAUUUUUUAGACCAGAGACCCUCCGGCCCAGCUUUACUGAAAGCAUAAAGAGUGUACUGGGGAUACCAGUGUUACAAGUCAUAGAGUUGCUCAAAAACUCACGCCUUACAAAAGCAUUUUCUCAGCACAGAGCACCAGCUCAGAUGAGAAAACGAACUCCCCCUCUUAAGACUCCCUCUCAAAGUGAAAACAAAAGAAGACGACAUCUGGAGAAACGCGCGCACUUUCAGUAGGUACUUCC